GCACAUCAUUUGCGGGUGUAGGACAUCCAGGUCGCAUAUAAAACCACCAUUAUCCAGAAGGACCUGGUUCAGUCCGGGGCGACUCUCAUUGGCGGCGGUAACCAUGUCGAACCUAAGUGCCUGCGCAGUGUGCGGUGAUCAAAGUUCCGGGAAGCACUACGGCGUAGCCUGCUGCGACGGGUGCUCCUGCUUUUUCAAGCGGAGCGUGAGGCGUGGCAGUAGUUACGCCUGCAUCGCCCUCGCCGGGAAUUGCGUGGUGGACAAGGCGAGGCGGAACUGGUGCCCCUCCUGCCGCUUUCGGCGAUGUCUGGCCGUGGGAAUGAACGCGGCCGCAGUUCAGGAGGAGCGGGGUCCACGCAACCAGCAGGUGACUCUCUACCGGAAUGCCCGGCGGCAUCCUCCGCUAUCUGCGCCGGCACCAUCCCCAACGCCCCACUCCCAGGCGCUGCACUUCCAGAUCCUCGCCCAGAUCCUCGUCACCUGCCUGCGACAGGCGAAGGCCAACGAGCUGUUCGCUCUGCUGGAGCGCUGCCAGCAGGACGCCAUCCUGCAGGUGGUGUGGAGCGAGAUCUUCGUCCUGCGAGCCUCCCACUGGUCGCUGGACAUCAGUGCCAUGAUCGAGGGCUGUGGCGAUGAGCAGCUCAAGCGCCUCAUCUUCGAGGCCCAGCAGCUGAAGGCCGACGUGCUGGAACUGAACUUCAUGGAGACUCUAAUACUGUCCAGAAAAGAAUUGGCUAUCAGUGCGCAGUACGGCGUUAUUCUAGGAAGCCACUCGAACGCUGCCCUCGUAUCCUUGGCACGAUACACACUGCAGCAAUCAAAUUACUUGCGGUUUGGACAACUCCUUCUCGGUCUGAGACAGCUCUGCCUGCGACGCUUCGACUGCGAAUUAUCUUGCAUGUUUCGCACUGUAGUUAGGGACAUAUUAAAAACUAUUUGAGAUUGAGUUAAGUACAUUUGUAACAGAUCUGCUUAAUUUCAGAUGUCAAGCUUGUCAAGCUACAACUAUUAGAGUAAGAUUGGAUUUAUUAAAUAGCAUUAUAUCUACU